AUUCCCCGUGUCACGAAGGAACGGUUUCAGAAGCCAUCAAAGACCCAUUGCAGAGCCCCAUUCCAAUGCUUUGCCUCUCAUAUCCCUUAGUUGAUUCAAUGCAAACAACGCAAGCUGAGGUUUUCAGGAAAUCCAGAAGCCAUGUCGGAGAACCCUACCAUCUUCCAAGCCUUCGAAUGGUAUCUCCCGGGGCCAUCGGACAACCCAUCCGAGACAAGAUCGAGCCAUUAUACGCUCCUUGCGACGCUGAUACCGCACUUCGCAGCCCUGGGGAUCACGCACAUCUGGCUCCCACCAGGCUGCAAGGCCCAAUCCGUGCAUGACAACGGAUACGCAAUCUACGACCUGUGGGAUCUGGGCGAAUUCGACGCCAAAAGUGAUGGCAAUUCGUCGCGGACAAAAUGGGGUAGCAAAGACCAACUUCUAGCGCUAUGCGAAACUGCCAGAUCCUACGGCAUCGGCGUGCUGUGGGAUGCAGUGUUGAACCACAAGGCUGCCGCCGACGCGAAGGAGCCGAGUUGGGGUGUUAAGGUCGACCCACAUGACCGGACAAAGCAUGUGUCGAAGCCGUACGAGCUGGAGACGUGGACCAAGUUCACAUUUCCGGGCCGAGGCACGAGAUACUCCGACAUGGAAUGGAAUUGGACGCACUUCACUGGUGUUGAUUAUGAUUCACGGAAGAAGGACCAUGGGGUAUUCAAGUUCGUUGGCGAUGGGAAACGCAGCGAUUGGGCUCAUGAUGUGAGCAAGGAGUUGGGAAAUUAUGAUUAUCUGAUGUUUGCGGAUAUCGACCAUUCACAUCCUGCUGUGCGGACGGACAUCUUCAACUGGAGUUCCUGGAUCACUUCGAGUCUGGAACUCGGUGGUAUGCGCUUGGACGCGAUCAAGCAUUAUUCCCUUGCUUUUCUUCGCGACCUCAUCCGCCAUAUCGACACGAACGCGCCAAAGGGCAAAAGCUUGUUCUUCGUUGGGGAGUACUGGGAUGCCAAUACCGCAGCAUUAGAGAAGGUCAUACAACAGUUCCACGGGCGGAUGAAUCUCUUCGAUGUUCAGCUGGUGUACAAUUUCAGCGAUUUCUCCAAGGGCAGAAAAUGGGAUCUAAAAGCUGUGCUUGAUGGCUCGUUGGUCCAGAGAGUUCCAAAGCAUGCAGUGACUUUCGUGGGCAAUCACGACACCCAAGAGACUCGAUCGCUAGCGGCUCCGGUGGAAGAGUGGUUCAUCCCUUUAGCAUACGCUCUCAUCCUUCUUCGUGAAAGGGGAAUUCCCUGUGUUUUCUGGGGCGAUGUCUUUGGCAAUCAUGGGCCACGACCUCGACUCCCUGCGUGCGGUGGGAAGCUGGCUAGACUAAUCGCUGCAAGGAAACUUUUUGCCUACGGCCAGCAAAGAGAUUACCUUGAUUCGGAAGACUGCAUAGGGUGGACGAGGCUGGGCCACAAGUCCAAGUCAAACGGCGCCGGGCUUGCAGUCGUGAUGACGAAUAGUUGGGACCGACGGUCAAAACGAAUGUUCGUCGGGCAGAAGCAUGCUGGCGAAAUAUGGAGAGACAUCCUCAGCUGGGAAGACAAGCAUGUGAUCAUCGACAACCUCGGGUAUGGAAGAUUCCCUGUCGGCCACAGAUCGGUUGGCGUAUGGGCGGACGAGAAAGCACCGGAUUUCGAGCGAGUGUCAAGAUUUACCUUUCCAAGAAUGGGUCAUGCUUUGCCGCCUAUAACGACUUUGCCGGUCUGAUUGCAGCGGAAGUUUGGUCUCCAGAGCAUAUGCCUGUUGUGCUCCUAGAGCCUGCACGCGCAAGCCUCGAUGUCUCGGUUCUUGAUGUCAGGAUCGGGAACGCAAUCAUCCCCCAUGAAGAAGCUGUGACGGAAUUGGGCCAGUCACGGCCAAUCUACCCGGACGGCCGCACAGUCGGGAGACAAUACAAGUUCUCUUGAUAUCUGAAGGCGAGAAAAGGCCAAGUUAGUGAAGGAAUCAGGGGCUAGUGAAGGCUAGUGAAGGCUAGUGGGCUUAGCCAUUGGGCACUGAUUGCGG